AUGAACAUGGUUGAACAGAUGUCCUUAAUGUAUGGUGGACUUUCUUUUGGGUAUAUGCAAUGGGAGUGCAAUGGAGGAGUAUUUGCCUUUUUCCACAUCCUCACUAGUUACUUGCAAGCCAGAGAUCUGCCCAGCCGGGGUGUUCUCCCUUUUGUUCAAGGACUUCUUUGUAACACUGGGUCAAGUUGUAGAAACACCAGCUUUGAGAGUUCCAUGAAUCACCAUUUUCGUUCUUCUAGGUUCCAAAUUGCAACAGACGACAGCAGAGCCAGUAGCCUGGCCUUUUUAAAAGAGAUACAGGACCUGGCUGAAGAAAUUUUUGAAACAAUGGACAAGGCAAAGAACUUACAAAAACUCUGGCUGAAAAGAUCUGAAAGCCCAGGUUCUGCAUAUGGCUCCAGUUUUCUAACAAUGGAUCUCAAUAAAACUGAGGAUGUGAUAUCAAAAUUGGAAAGCCUCCAUCAGCAACCUCAUAUUUGGAAUUUUCUACAUUCGCUGCCCAGACUGUACGCAACUAACGCUCACUUGGAAGAGAGCGUGGGCGCCGUGGCACACUUUCUCCAUGCUGGCUUGAAUUCAUUAACGUCUCUGGGAGAGCUGGAUUGGCUGCCCUUGCACCAGACCAUCCCCCAGGUUUCUAGACAUGUUCUGAAUGUAACCAUCUCCACUCUGAGGUUUCUGCAGCAGCACAGAGCAGCUGUUAAUGAGACUGUUUACCACCUGUCCCUGCAGAAUAUGUUGUGGGAUCCUCAGAAAGUUCAGUCUGAUCUCAAGUCCCAGUUUGGUUUCAAUGACCUUCAAAUGGAGCACAUCCUGAAUUAUUCAGCUGAACUGAAGGAGAUUCCUACACACAGCAUCCUAGAGAAGAUGGUGUGUUCCAUCUUGUCCAACACUUCUGAGGGUGACGCUGAGAACAAGGGCUACCGGGCAGACUGUCAUCCCAAGUGGUCAGCAGUCAAGAACUAUAUCAUCCAGGAAGUCAGUUGGCUGAAAAUCUAUGGACAGGUGUUUGACCAGUGGCAGCAGGGUUGUUUGCUACAGAAUCUGCUAGCAGGUGCCAGCCACAGUCUGGAAGCCCUUAGGGACCAGUUUAAAGAGGAGAGCAAACCAUGGAAAGUGGUGGAAGCCCUGCACACUGCCCUGCUCAUCCUGAAUGACAGCUUGGCAGCGGAUGGCCCCAGAGACAACCAUCUGUUUCCACAGAUAUUCCAGCAUCUGGGUAAAUUGCAGCGUGCACUGUCUGACCUGUUCCCGUGGCCAGCUCUGAAGAGACUGCCCCUUAUGGACACUGCUGUCAGGAACACGGUGGCCUGGGAUUUGCGUUUUGUUCAAGAAGUCCUCAGGCACCUGGAGACGUCAGCACGGGAUUUUAUACCUGGUGGAUCUGAUGGAUGGAGACUACUAGAAAAGGAUGUCUUCUUUUGGGGCCUAAAGCAGCUGUUGACAAGGAAUGCUUCCGCCACUUGCCUGAAUGGACAUUUGUCUCAGGAGGCUCCCCUCCCCACCAGCAACUCCAGCAUCUGGAGGAGUCUCUGGGGAGUGUUAUGCCACAACCCCUCCUUCAAUGAGACCAGUGCUUUAAAGGAGCUGCUUAGUGCAGUGAAAGAGGCUGGUCACAGUUUGCAGGAGGUCAUUGCAGGACACACGGAUGGACUAGUUGCGGAACAUGGUGGCCAUUUGGGCUGGCAGGAUCUUGGGACACAGCUGUCAAAAGUGAACUUUACCUGUUCUCGGGUCUUCCAGCUGCCAGGAGCUGAUUCCUCACCUGAGAACAGUGUCUCUGGUGGUGGCUGUGAGUACCAGCUUGUCUCCACAGUGGCAUCUCACAUACUUGAAGAAGUGCAAAUGUCCCUGCAGCAAAUGAUCUACUGGAAAAUCUUUUCGGGGAUCAUCAGGGAGACAUGUGAAUUGGCGCAAUACAUAAACACGCAUGGAAGUUUCCACAGCAGUCUGACAUUUUUGUCUGAGGAAUCUCCUUGUUAUACAGAGAAUAUGGAUUGGAAAGUCAUCAUUGAUACUUAUUUUGUACUUUUCAAUAACUUUAAGAAGUCUCCAAUAGCUUCCAUAACCAGGGCCUUAAAUUUCACAAAGCAACUUUUAGUGGUGGACAAGAAAUCGCACAUCCUUGAAAAUGGAGGGAUGGACAUUCCCCUGUCAUUUGUGGAGUUUUUGGAGGAAUUAUUAUUACCAAGUCCUUAUGGCUCACUCACUGGUCUUGAAUUUCAUAGUCUCUCUUCUCUUACUGAGCUUGUCUUGAAUAGAAGUGUUUUGUGGAUAAACCAUUUAAACAGUUUAAAGAGAGACCCACACAACGGUGAUGUUCAGAAACUUCUGGAAUUUGAUAAACUGGUCAUGGAAAAAAUUCAAAGUCUUAAAAAUCAUUCGAUGAAGAGGGAAUCCAAAAACAUUUUGAGAGUUGUGGAAUUAAUAUUUCUUGAAAUUAAUCCAGAGCUGCGAGAAUUCUGGCUUAAUGGGAUUACACAAGAAGAAAGAGCUAAUAUUGAAAGCAUGUUCACACUUGUAAAUUUUUCUGUUCCAGAAUAUGAAAAAAUUCUUAGCAGAAGCUAUAAUUUCUCCCAGUUGUUUCACUUGGAUUGGCUCAAAUCCCCAGCCAUGAAUGCAGACUUUAUACAUUUAAGUGAGACCGCAAUACACAGUCUCUAUGAACUUGACUUUCUGACACAGGAACAAGUCUCAAUAGCUCUGGACACUGUCUAUGCUCUGCAGAACACAUCUGAGCUCUUCACAGCCCUUUCUGAAGUUCAAAAACAAGAACUGGCUAACAUUUUGACUCGUAUAUACAUAAAUAUCUUUCAAGACAGAGACACAGCUCUACUUCUACAGACCUAUUCUUCCUUUUACCAAUAUCUUCAUAAAUUUUUGAACAUUCAGAAUAGAGAGCCUCUGAUAAGUUAUCUUACUCAAAUCUCAAGACACAUUUUGGACCUCAUAAAGCAGUUUAAUAUCCAAAACAUCAGUAAGGCGCUUUUGCUUUUAUCAGAGACAGCAGAGGCUCUCGGGACAAUACCUGAAGUAUCUUACUGUGGGCAGUUACUUUCAAUUUUAAACUUCUUAGAACUUCAAGCCCAGUCCCUGAUGUCGACAGAGGGCCCAGCGCAAGGAGUGAUUCAUGCUAGUUUGACAGGGCUCAAGCAGCUGUUUGCAGUGGACGAAGGCUUUCGCGUGUCUCUACUUGAGUAUGCCAAUCAGUUCUUUAAUGGCUCAGCAGACGCCUUGCUGUUAAGUAAAUGCUUCAUUCUGGGAAAUGCAACCAUUUCUUCUGCAAAUUAUUCAGGAAACAAGGGGUCUUCGCUUCCUUUUCUAUGGACACAACUUUUCUCAAACCUCUCGGUAAACGGCAGUGUGAUCAGUGAAUUCACAGCCGUUCACUGCACCCUUUCAUGGAUUCAGACAUGGACCGAGAUCUGGGGAAGCAUUUCUCAAAUAUUUAAACUCGACCUGAGUAUUUUUAACCCUCUUCAUGUUAGUAUCACUCAGCUUUUGGAUGAACUGGAAAAUGAUGGGAACAUUUCGAAAAACUGCCAAGGAAUAGUUCCCACAUAUCAUGCUGCUAGAGUCAUAUUAAGUUUGUUUACAAAUGUAACUCAGGAGAAUGGCUUUCAUGACUGGGAUGGCCUUCUGGACCUCAGGGAUCAUUGGGUAGCAUUUGGUAAUGAAUUAGCUGCACUACAAUCACUUAACCUGGACCAAGUAGAAAAAUCUUUCAUCACCAUGGAAACCACCCUGCACCAGCUGAAGACAUUUCCAAUGAAAACAAAUGCAAGCCAGGAGUUUUUACAUUCCCUGUUUGACAUUUUCAUUGAAUUAAGCAAAACCCCAGACUAUGUGGAUAGAAAAGUGGAGCUGAUCAGCAACAUUCUUUCAAAUAAUCUCACAGAUCAUAGAGGCAAAUUUGCAAGUGUCAUCACUGAGCUGAGAGAAACAAUACUAUUUCUUAGGAAUGUGUCACAGGACAGAACUUUUGCAUCAUGUGCUGAUAUUUUCCAGAGGGUCACUGAGUUGAUUUUUGAAGAUAGUUUAUUACUUGUGAAUACUUCUAAGAAGCCUGCACAUAUUCUGGCUGUGUUAAGUUCCAUAUUUUCAUCAAAGAACAGAACUAGCAACCUGGAAAGAUGUGUUGCAUGGAUAGACAUCAUAAACCACCUGUGUAUGGUGUUUAACUCAAGUUCCUCACCCAACCAUAGUCAUAGCAUGUUGGGGAGAUUUAAGAAUAUGGAGAACAAAAUGAACUCUGCACUGAAAAUUGUAACUUGGGUGCUAAGUAAGAAGAUACCUAUUUGUUCAUUGAAUGAGUCAAAUGUAAAUUGUGUAAAUACUUACCUGAAAGACAUAAAUGAUUUUCUAAAUAUUAUAGUUACUACAGGCUUGGAAAAAGAGAAGGUCCCCAAAUUUGAGGUUUUAUUAGCUCUUUUCAAUGAUUCCACAGAGCAGCUGAACAUGAUCCUCACCAACUUAACAAAGGACUUUGAUUUUGCCUUGCAGCCGGACUGGAAGCACUACAGGGACUUUAUUCUAAGACUUGUAGACACAUCAAGUGAUAUUCCUGACCGGUUUCAGAAUAUUUGGCAGCAUAUCAUAGCACUGGGGAAGGUGAUGCAGGAACUUUUAAAAGGUAUCUUCCAGAGUGUCCUUGGAAAUAAUUCCUCUUCUAACACUGAAACAGUGUUUAGUGUGUUCUCCACCAGCCCAAAAGAAAGAGACAUAAGCCAUCUAGGCAAUUCAAUUUACCACUUAGCUAAUUAUUUAGCUUUCAACCUAACUCACGAUCUUCAGAAUUCAUCAGAAGUGGUCCCACAUGAAAUACUGAAUGCUGUGGGUCUUGGUAUCCAACUGGCACGGGAUGUGUUCAACUCCUUAAUGCCUGCUGUCCAUUUCAAUAUCCCACGAAAUUCAGAUCAUGCUCAAGUUUUAAAGAAAGUGACAUCUCUCAUGCAUUCUCUCAAGAAGGAAGACAUAGGGCUGUUAGUAGACCAGCUCGGGCAGAUCAGUGAAAGCCUAAUGAGUUUCUUUAAGAACCUCAGCACACCAGGUACUGGCCAUGUAGGGGUCAAUAUGCUUGUUGGCCUAGUGGAAAAAUUUGUGGACAGCUCACAUUCGUGGAGUGUUAAUCACCUGCUGCGUCUCUCCCGUCUGCUUCCCAAGGAGGUGGUUAAUGCUGUGUUGGAUGUAUACUAUGCUCUUCCCCACAUUGCAGCACUCCUGCAGAAAGUCACAGAUAAAAACAUCACAGAAAGCCUCAGGGAUGUCUAUAACUUCACACUUCUUCAUGGCAUAACCAUGUUCAGUGUCACCAAGGAAGACUUUGCUGAUGUGAUCAAAAAUCUUCUGGAUAUAGUGGAGUUGGUUUCGGAUGAACCAGCUCUUGUUUCGGAUGCUUUAAUGUGCCUUCCCAAAGUUUGGUGCUCAAACCAUACAGCGUCCAAGCUCGAGGAAAAUCCUAAAGUAGAAGGCUGUAAUGUCCAGGGGCACAGGUCUUCUUCAUUUUAUCACAUGGUAACCAGUAUAUUAGAUCUUCUUCACCUGCCACCCCCAAAUGAUUCACAAUGCAUAAAUGAGAACUCUGGAGUGGACAUAACCAGGAAAGUGGUCUGUGCGAUCCAUGAGUUAGCAAGGUGGAACUUCAUUCUCUCGGAGGUAUUGGAGAUGUUCCACAUUAAAAAUUUACCUGUGAAAACUCUGCAGGGAUUUUGGCAUGGUGUAUUACCCUUUGUGUCACUUUCUGGAAAUCCAGGUAAUGGCAGCAUCCCAGAACUCUGUCCUGGUGGUCCCAUAAGGCAAGGUGCUUUGCAAAUCAUAGAAAAACUGAAAUAUGCCAAUUUUACAAAAUUUAUACUGGGUGGAAACGUUCUGGACAAGGUAGGUAACUUAGACACGAUUCUUAACAUUACAAAAGGCACAGAGAAAUUUGUUCAGAAUAAUGCUUACUUAAAUUUGGAAAAGGUAUUCAAAUCGAUUUCUGCUGUUUGGAGUUUAAGAAAUAGUACUCACUAUCUACUCUCUCCAGUCAUGAACUUUCUGAAUGCAAGUCAUACAGAUUGGAACUCAGACCCAUUAUCAGGUUUAACAAAAAAUGAUAAAGCAACAUACAACUUUGAAGAACCGUGGUUGGACUUUAACCAAACCACCAAUGACCCAGCCAAUGACAUGAGUCUAGGACAAUUACUUUCUGAUAUUAACAAAAAAAUACAAGGCAUAGCUCUUCAAAACACAAUUGUGCAACUUCAUCAGCUUCUUGAAAUCCUGGAUUCAUUGCCAUUGAAGACUUCCAAAAUUAUAGAAGAUCUUCUUUUUCUCAUAAAACACUGGCUUCAUGAAUAUGAAAAUGAAGGUUACUUUACGGUGUUGCAAAGACUACUCAAAGCCAUCGCCAGUGGGAAUUCAAGUGACGUAACUAUGCUGGCUAGGGAUCUUACUGGGUAUUUGGGCUAUCUCAGAAACAGGACUAGUGAAGGACAUUUUGAUGUUGGCUUCCUCGGUCAUAUGCUAAAUCAAGAGCUGCUAACUGACUUCUCAACUGUCCAGUUGCUUCUUGAAAGCAUUGUGGUGAAUUCGGCUAAGAACUUUGCUGAGCUUUCUCAGGAAUCAGCUCUGAGUUCCAGUGGCACUGGCCUUCAAAUAAUGGAUUCCAUCAAUCUCAUCCUGAACCACACACAGCCCAAAAAUGGCGGACAAGCAGCAAGAAGCACAGAGGACUUCCUGAAGCAGCUUUUAGAGACACUAUUCUCUCUGCUAACUGGGAUGCCUGAAAAUAAAAUAUCGCUUCUGUUAAAAGACUUCCAUAGAGAUGUCAUUGCAGAGAUGAGUUUUGUCCCCAGAGAUAAAAUUCUUGAAAUUCUUAACCUGGAUCCAUUCCUUACGUGGAUGAACGAGGACUCACUCAUGAACAUUUUCUCAAGUUUCAAGACAAUACAGCAUCUGAUUAAGAACUUAUUUUCAUUGGACAACAAAGAACUUUCUGGAGUCCUGAAAGAUUUAUCUCACACCCAUCCAAGGGAGAGCACGGUGAAAACUGACACUGAAGGCCCUCUGGACUUCUUCACAGUAGUGACUCAGUUUAUCUCUCAGGUUAAUAAUUCUAAGGACCUCUCCAAAUUCAACCAAAAUCUCAAGUCUGUUCUCUACCUUGUAAGAGAAAUUUCUGUAGAAAUGGCCACUAUUAUGGACAGCCUCUUAAACUCACCUACUCAGGCCUGCCACUCCUCUCCUCUGCUCCAACAUUCCAUGGAUGCUAAACUAGCAGACUUGCUUUCUCUUGUAAACAGUUCAUUCCCCCUAAGAAACAGAGAAACACUAGAAUCAACUAUGAGGAUAUUUGGUGUCAUUUCCCAAGUUAGUAAAGAAAGUCAUGUCCUGAAGUCUGUUGUAGAAAUAUCUAGAACUCUGACUAUGCUGGUGACUAACACUGCUGAGCUGGGUGGCCUUGUCUCAUCAGUGGACUCCAUGGUGAGACUUCUCAAUCUAGCCAAAAAGUUUUCAAGAAAGAUGGCUACAAUGUUGGGAACCUUCUCCAUUUCUAGCACAGAGGACUCUGGGAAAUUCUUUGAUACUUUGUAUUCCAUCAUGCUACAAAGUGUUCAAUAUCAUGUGAAGCAAAUAAAUACUCUGAAAAAAGUAGAUCCUUUCCUACUUGAAACGACAAAAGAUUUGUUGAUGCCAUUCCUUGACUUGGCUUUUGGGAUGCUUGGAGUCACAGCUAAUAUAUCACAGGACUCUGAUGUUUUCAGCAUGCCAUCUAGCAUGCUUUCAUAUGUCAACCAAUCCAAAGACUUUUCUGAGAUUUUUGAAGAAAUGGCUGAAAACUUAAUUUCUAUAAAAACCAGUUUGAGAGAUUUGGAGCAUCUUGUGCUGGUGGUUAAAAAUAGGACUCAAAAUUUUUCUAUUGUUGCUGUUGACUUAUGGGAGGAAAUUCUUGAUUGUUUAGUCCCGAUAAGUAACAUCACAAACCAAAUGGACUUCUUGAAGCUCCAUGAGAUUUCUUCUACCAGUCGUCCUCAGGUCUCAAGACAGGAGGGGAGACAUGACAUCAUCCAAGUUUUGGAUGGAAUGUUAAAAGAUAACAGCCCAGAAGGGGAGACUUUUUUGAAAAUUGUCAUCAAUCUCACCUUACAAGCUCUUCGGAAUGGCUUGAAGGAAGAUAACUGGGAUAUUUUUAAUCUCCUGUUGACAUUUUCUCAGCAUCCAAAUGACCUUGUAAAAACCAUACAAUCAGUUGUAGAGGCCUCCAGUGGGAUUAACAGUGACUAUGGAGAUGACUUAAACCAAGAUUUAUUUUCUGAUUUGUCAUUGAUUCAGAACACCACUCGCUAUCAGCUUGCAAAAAUGGUCUUGAUCGGUCUCAGCAGAAUAGUGCUCUCAAGGGAAGGGCUGCCCCCCAACCACACCCAAUGGACACACUUCACACACUCUUUGUUUCAGCCAGAUUAUAACAGUUUUUCUAAUUCAGCCACUGGUCAGAAUGUCACAUUAUCACCAGAUGGGAGGACCAAGGAAGAAAUGAUGACAAUUCCUCAUGGCUCUGAACCAGUGUCAUCAUUCCAGAAGUUCCUGAAUGCAUUAUUUGUAUUGACUGAACACUGGCAGAAAGUCCCACAAGCUGAUCAAAGUGUUUUUGAGAUGUGCCAAGCUUUCCAGCAGCUGGAGAAGCCCUCGGAAGCUGUGGAGAUGCUGCACAGAGUGGAGAUGAUGGCUCUGCGUGUGCUCAUCAUCUUUGCAGAAAACCCUUCCUUGACGAAGGACAUUCUGUGUGCUACCCUGAGUUGCAGGCGAGGUGGGAUGAGGCACCUUAUCUUAUCUGCUGUGCAAGGAAUCACGUUGAUACAUCACCACUAUCAGGAAAUUGCAAAGAUGUGGACCUCACCCAAUCAGCAGGACUGUGAGUGGCUCAGCGGGAGUCUUCCCACUGCUCUGAAAGGCUUCAAAAGCAAGUUGGAAAAUGCUUCUACCCAAGGCUGUACGUGCCAGCCCAUGGUGGGAAUAGUUCAACAGCACAUACACAGGUUGACCAAAAGUCUCGAGGAGACUUGGAUGUCAAAGAUUCCUGUUAUGACAUUUCUAAGCAAUUUCACAGUCACAGAGGAUGUAAAAGUAAAGGAUUUGAUGAAGAACGUCACCAAAUUAACCAAGGACUUUCUCUCCUUUUUCCACAUCUCAGAGGAAACCAUCCACAGCAUCUUAGAAGCCAACAUUUCCCACACAAAGGUUCUCUCCAGCGUCCUCACUGUAGCGUUGUCUGGAAAGUGUGACGAAGAAGUUCUUGGUCUCCUGCUGACAUUUCCCAAGAGUGAAAAAUCCUGGUUUGCCACAAGGGAACUCUGCAACCUGCCGGGCUCUCAGGUGUUCUCUCUGCUCCUGGCGAUGGGCCAGAACCUGAACCUGAGGAACUUCAUUUACAAAACUCUGGUACCUUCUGAAGCAAGCGCCCUGCUCAAGUCCCUAUUGGAUGUGAUUUCCAGCCUCAGCUCCAUCCUUGUCAGAGCCCAGCAUGCCCUUGAAUACCUCCCCGAGUUUCUUCAUACAUUUAAAAUAGCUGCCUUACUGGAUAUGCCAGACUUCCAACAGGUUCCACAGAACGGCCAAGCCAGAAGCUCAGCUUUCUCCUCUUUCCAGUCUGUGAUGAAGCUUCUCUGUAAGGACCAGGCAUCCUUCCUCAGCAGCUCUAACAUGUUUGUCAAUUUACCCAGAGUUAACGAACUCUUGGAGGAUGACAAAGAGAAGUUCAACAUUCCUCAUGACUCAACACCAUUUUGUUUGAAGCUUUAUCAGGAAAUUCUACAGUCUCCAAAUGGUGCACUGGUAUGGUCUUUCCUAAAACCUGUAUUGCAUGGAAAAAUACUGUAUACACCAAACUCUCCAGAGAUUAAUGAGGUCAUUCAAAAGGCUAAUUACACUUUUUACUUUGUGGAUAAGAUAAAAAUUUUAUCGGAAACACUUCUGAAGAUGUCCAGCCUUUUCCAGGGAAAUGGAAAUGGCCAGAUGUUCAGCCAGUUGCAGGAUGCUCUGAGAAACAAGUUCAUAAGAAACUUUAUAGAGAGCCAGUUGCAUAUUGACAUGGACAAGCUCACUGAAGACCUGCAGACGUAUGGACGGAUGCUGGACAAGAUGUUUAAUCACAUGGGCGCUGGACACUUCCAGUUCUUGGGUGGUAUCUUGGCCAAUCUCUCUUCCUGUGUGGUGCUGGACCGAUUCCAGGCAGUGGAGUCUGUUGACACCCUGGAGACCAAGGCACAUGAACUCAUGCAGCAGAAUAGUUUCUUGGCCAGUGUCAUAUUCAACAGUUCCUUGGGACACAGACGCAUUAGAUCAGCAGCUCGCAAGUUGCCACCCCAUGUCACAUAUACAAUUCGGACCAACGUCUUAUACAGCAUGAGGACAGACAUGAUAAAAAAUCCUUCCUGGAAGUUUCACCCUCAGAAUCUACCAGCUGACGGGUUCAAAUACAACUACAUUUUUGUCCCACUGCAAGACAUGAUUGAGAGAGCCAUCAUUGCAGUACAGACUGGGCAGGAAGCCCUGGAGCCAACCACGCAGGCGCAGGCAGCUCCCUACCCAUGCCACACCAGUGACCUGUUCCUGAACAAUGUUGGCUUCUUUUUCCCACUCAUUAUGAUGUUGACGUGGAUGGUGUCUGUGGCCAGCAUGGUCCGGAAGCUGGUUUAUGAGCGAGAAAUCCAGAUAGAAGAGUACAUGCGAAUGAUGGGGCUGCAUCCGGCCAUCCACUUCCUGUCCUGGUUCCUGGAGAACAUGGCCACCCUGGCUCUGAGCAGUGCUGCUCUUGCUGCCAUUCUGAAGAUAAGUGGCAUUUUCAUGCACAGUGAUGCCUUCAUCAUUUUUCUUUUCUUGCUGGAUUUUGGGGUGUCAGCGGUCAUGCUGAGCUACUUCUUAAGUGUGUUUUUCAACCAAGCUAAUACAGCAGCCCUGUGUACCAGCCUGGGGUACAUGAUCAGCUUCCUUCCCUAUGUGGUGCUAUUGGUUCUACACAACCAACUCAAUUUUGCCAUCCAGACCCUUCUGUGCUUGCUUUCAACCACAGCCUUCGGACAAGGAGUCUUUUUUAUUACAUUUCUGGAGGGACAGGAGGAAGGGAUCCAAUGGAGACACAUGUACCGAGCCCCAGAGCCAGGGGGCAUGACCUUUGGCUGGGUCUGCUGGAUGAUUCUGUUUGAUUCAAUCCUUUAUUUUCUGUGUGGAUGGUACUUCAGCAACUUGGUCCCUGGCAUGUUUGGUUUAGGGAAACCAUGGUAUUUUCCCUUCACUGCAUCCUACUGGAAAAGUGUGUGCGGUCUGAUGGAGAAGCGUCGGCACUCUCUGAGUUCUGGUCUGUUCUUCUUCCAUGAGGAUUUGGGCAACAAAGGCUUCUCACAGCAAAAUGGCCCAGGAGAGCUGGAAGAAAGUAAUCCAGGAGUGUCUCUAAUAUCUGUGACCAAGGAAUAUGAAGGCCACAAGGUGGCUGUCCGAGAACUCACUCUCACCUUCCACCGAGACCAGAUCACAGCCCUGCUGGGGACCAAUGGUGCAGGGAAAACCACCAUCAUAUCCAUGUUGAUGGGAAUCUACCCUCCCACGUCUGGAACCAUCAUCAUUAAUGGCAAGAACCUGCAGACAGAUUUGCCUAAGGUCAGAGAGGAGCUGGGGGUGUGUCCACAGCAGGAUAUUCUCCUGGAUAACCUCACUGUGCGAGAACACCUAAUGCUCUUUGGCUCCAUCAAAGCACCUUGGUGGACUAAGAAGGAGCUACAGCAGCAAGUCAACAAAACCCUUGAUGAAGUGGAGCUAACUCAGCACCAGCACAAGCCAGCUCGAGUUCUGUCUGGAGGCAUGAAGAGGAAGCUCUCCAUUGGCAUUGCUUUCAUGGGCAUGUCGAAGACAGUGGUUCUGGAUGAGCCAAGCAGUGGUGUGGACCCUUGCUCCCGUCGCAGCCUCUGGGACAUUCUACUCAAGUACCGGGAAGGUCGCACAAUCAUCUUCACAACCCACCACCUGGAUGAAGCUGAGAUGCUCAGUGACCACGUGGCUGUUCUCCAGCAGGGGAGGCUCAGAUGCUGUGCUCCUCCUGCAGGCCUGAAGGAGACCUAUGGCCAAGGACUCACCCUGACGCUCACCAGACAGCUCUCUGUUCUAGAAAGGCAGGAGCCCAAUGAUCUGGCUCGUGUUACAUCUCUGAUUCAGGUCUAUAUCCCACAAGCAUUCCUCAAAGAUAGCAGCCAAAGGGAGCUGACCUACGCCAUUCCCAAGGAUGCAGAUAAGACCUGCUUCAAGGGGCUCUGCCAGGCCCUGGACCAGAACUUACAGUACCUGCACCUGACAGGGUAUGGGAUCUCAGACACCACCUUGGAAGAGGUAUUUUUGAUGCUAUUGCACGAUACCAAGAAAAAGUCUCACAUCACUCCAGAAACAGAAUUAGAACCUCAGAAUGAGAGACCUGCCGGACCCUCUUCUAGCCACUGUGGCUCUUCUGUGAGGACUCCAUCUGGAUGGACCCUGCCAGAGCCCAUAGGUGGCUUCCAGUUGCUUUUGGGACAGGCAGUGGCACUCCUGAGGAAGCGGCUACUGCGUACGUCUCGAGCCUGGAAAAGUACCACCUCAGACCUGCUACUGCCUGUGCUCUUCGUGGCCCUGGCCAUGGGCUUGUUCAUGGUGCAGCCUCUGGCCACCACAUACCCUUCUCUCAAGCUGACGCCUGGCCAUUAUGAGAGUGCAGAAACGUACUUCUUCAGCAGUGGGAGAGAGGGUGUGGACCUUGCCCAUGUUCUUCUGCGCAAGUUUGGAGAUCGGGAUCCUCUCUGUGCGGUCAGUCAGCCGAUGAAUUCUUCAAGCUGGCAUAGGGACCCUUACUCUGGCCCAGAAUUCCAGGACUCAUGUGGCUGCCUGAAGUGUCCAAAUAAAAGUGCCGGGGCUCCUUAUCUGACCAACUGCCUGGGACACACAUUGCUCAACCUCUCGGGUUAUGAUGUGGAAGAGUACUUGCUGAUGCCAUCUGCAAAGCCAAGGCUUGGAGGUUGGUCUUUUGGAGUACAAGUCCCCAAUGAAGCUGAAGAUGUGAAGACAAACACAUCAGAACCAAGGACUUUGGCAAAGGUGUGGUAUAACCAGAAGGGUUUUCAUUCUCUCCCCUCCUACCUGAAUCAUCUCAACAACCUUAUCCUAUGGCAGCAUUUACCCCCUGCAGACUGGAGACAAUAUGGAAUAACCCUGUACAGCCACCCGUAUGGAGGGGCCUUACUGAAUGAAGACAAGAUCCUGGAAAGUAUCCGCCAGUGUGGUGUCGCCCUCUGUAUUGUCCUAGGAUUCUCCAUCUUGUCAGCAUCGAUUGGUAGCUCUGUGGUGAGGGACAGAGUGACUGGAGCUAAAAGGUUGCAACAUAUAAGUGGCCUUGGCCACAGAACAUAUUGGAUAAUUAACUUCCUAUAUGACAUGCUCUUCUACUUGGUUUCUGUGUGCCUGUGUGUCGCCAUUAUAGCUGCCUUCCAGUUAACAGCUUUCACUUUCCGUGAGAACUUGCUUGCCACAGCCCUCCUGCUGGCACUUUUCGGGUAUGCAAUGAUUCCAUGGAUGUAUCUGAUCUCCAGAAUCUUUUCCAGUUCAGACGUGGCCUUCAUCUCUUACAUUUCCCUGAACUUCAUCUUUGGCCUGUGCACCAUGCUGAUGACCACCAUGCCCCGGCUCUUGGCCAUCAUUUCCAAAGCCCCGAAUUUGCAGAAAAUCUACAAUGUCCUCAAGUGGGUUUUUACCAUUUUCCCUCAAUUCUGCCUGGGUCAAGGUCUCAUAGAACUCUGUUAUAACCAGAUCAAAUACGAUCUGACACACAACUUUGGCAUCGAUUCUUACGUGAGUCCCUUUGAGAUGAAUUUCUUGGGCUGGAUCUUCGUGGAGUUGACCCUGCAGGGCACAUUUCUUCUCCUCUUGAGGAUUUUGCUACAUGGAGACUCUCUGAGAUGGUCAAGGGGCCACUCUGUCCUGCAGGACACAGUCAAGUCUGCUAAGGACACAGAUGUUGAAAGGGAAGAAACGAGGGUGCUUGAAGGAAAGACUGGAGGAGACAUUCUGGUGUUGCACAACCUCAGUAAAAUGUACCGAAGUUUUUUCAGGGGCAAGACCACUGCUGUGCGUGACAUUAGCCUGGGCAUACCACGAGGCGAGUGCUUUGGGCUCCUCGGGGUGAAUGGCGCCGGGAAGAGCACAACGUUCAAAAUUCUGAAUGGUGAAACUCCACCAAGCUCAGGGCGUGCCGCCAUCAGGACUCCUCAGGGAGAUAUGGUGGAUCUGGCCUCUGCUGGCAAAGUGGGCAUCCUCAUUGGCUACUGCCCACAGCAUGAUGCCCUAGAUGAGCUCCUGACUGGCUGGGAACAUCUUCAAUACUACUGCAGACUCCGUGGGAUUCCAAAACAGUACAUUCCAGAGGUGGCAGCAGACCUGGUGAGGCGCCUGCACCUUGAGCCUCAUGUGGACAAACCUGUGGCCACUUACAGUGGUGGCACCAGAAGGAAGCUCUCCACAGCCCUGGCCCUGGUGGGGAAGCCAGACAUUCUUUUAUUGGAUGAACCCAGCUCUGGGAUGGACCCCUGCUCUAAGAGGUACCUGUGGCAAACAAUUAUGCAGGAGGUUCAGAAUGGCUGUGCUGCGGUGCUGACCUCUCACAGCAUGGAAGAGUGUGAGGCUCUGUGUACCAGGCUGGCCAUAAUGGUGGAAGGCAGCUUCCGGUGUCUUGGACCCCCUCAGCACAUCAAGAGCAGGUUUGGUGAUGGUUAUACAGUCAAAAUUUGGCUGCACAAGGAAGGAAGUCAAGCUAAUGCAGUUUCUGACUGCUUAAAGCUCCAUUUCCCAGGAAUCCAGUUUAAGGGACAGCGCCUUAAUUUAAUGGAAUAUCAUGUGCAAAAGAGUUGGGAGUGCUUAGCUGAUUUGUUCAGUGUUCUAGAGAACAACAGGCACCUCCUGAAUAUCAGGUAUUACUCCAUCAGCCAGACCAGCCUGGAGCAGGUUUUUGUUAAUUUUGCAACUGAGCAGCUGCAAACCUCACACUUUCCUGAUGAUCCGCCAUCCACUGAUGGUCACCGUCUGUUCCACUCACACAUCUAGGCACCAGAGGAGUAAGCCUGUCUCUCAGCACAGUUCAUCAAAGAUCAGACACAGGCCCAGCUGAGGAUCUG